ACAAAAUCCGUCAAUGGUUUUACGAGUUAGGCCCAAGGAUUUUUCCAGAAGAAACGUCUUUUGUGGUUUUUUGAGUUUCGAUUUUGCUGUAUAUAAGGAGGAAGCUUGAAGCACCGGAAAAUCCGUCAUGCUGCUCGACACUGAAAUGGCACGGCCGACGUAGGCACGAUUGCCGCUGAAUGCUCUGGUUGACUUGAGACUGCAAACUGAUGAGACAAUGCAAAUAUCACUAUUUCUGCGAGCGGUCGUUACCUGCCUGUGCCUGUCCCUGACCGGUGGCCCACGGUCGGUCACGGGGUUUGGAGUUGAGAGGCCAGAGCUCCGGUGCCCGACGGGAAGCUUCUUAGACUCCACGACCGGUCAGUGCUUGGCCUGUACCGAGCCCUGCCCGGGACCGUUAGUUGAGAUCAGCCCGUGCCGGCACAACGCAGACACGGUCUGCGGCGAGCCGGAACCUGGCGAAGGACGCGUCGGUAGCGUCAACAGGCGAUCGACCAGGUCGUGCUCUGCCGACGCUUUCUACAACCGCCAGACCGGGCUGUGCCAGGAGUGCACGAAAUUCUGCCCUCGCCCUUCGGUGAUGACGAAGCCCUGUCGGCGAGAGGCGGACGCCGUCUGCCGACGUCCAGAUACCAAACGACCCGAGAAGGGACGAGGGAAGCCCACCUCGAGUCGGAGGAGAGACAAAUCAGAGCGGAGGAGGCGGAGAAAGACGCGGAAGAGACAAGGUGGCAAAUCCUCACGCCCAACCGUGUCGGCCAGGCCCACGUCGACACAGCCCUGCCCAGGUGACGUGGACUGCCGUCCAAAGAUCGCUGGCACGGCUGGCGUCGUUACCGGGCUCCAGUCUAACGAACUGCCGAAAGACGGUACUCGCUCUGAGCCGGCUGUGGAGCCGAACAACGUGCCUCGCAGCAAUGAGUAUCCUGACUCGCCACCGGGAAAUGGAGGUGAACAACGGCCGAGCAACCCUGAUAACUACGGUCGCAAAAACGCGGCUGAUGUCGAGGAGCGUGUCAAAUCUGACUCACUUCAUAGCAACAGAGCCGAGUGAUGAAUAGAACAAAACAGUAAUUGAAAACAUUAUCUUAUAUACAGUUCUGUAAAUUGUUUUUUGAGACUGGUUGUGGGACCAUCUCACAGUUGGGUUGCAGAAAAGCUCAGCUGUCCAUAUGCCCAACCUUUUUUUACAUAAAACAAAGUAUGCACGCGAACCCGUUGAUUGCAAUGCCUCUGCGAAAUUCCAAUUCGAUUCAACUUUGUUUUUGUCGUAAUGGUCUUUUUCAGCGUACUUCACGUGCUCACGCGUGUUGGCCUGCUUGCAUUGACCACAUCAAUGAGAAAAAUAAACAUGUUUUGCUGUCCCGCCCAGGGAAAAAGUACAUUUUGCGAGAACGUUGUGUCCAAUGUUCAAAAUUGGUGUGUAUAUUAUUCGAAGACAUAACCGUUAUAACUGAUGGCUUGGGAAGGAAAAACUGCACUGUGGUGAUAUAGGGGAACUCUUACAGAUGCAGCAGGUGUAUAAAUGCCCAACCAUGAGAAUUAGUUGACGAAUGAAAAAGAAGAAAAACAGGAAGAACAGCUGAACAUUGUUAGAUUUUGAUGCCAAUCAAUAUGACUUUGGUGAGCAGUUUCAUUACUCAAUUUCAACCGGAAAUUAUCAAAACCCACAAAGCAGUGUGUAAUAUGUCAUGACGGAUAAGUAAUGCCCCACAGUUCAGCAACGUGUACUUUUUCCCUCUCCAUCUUCAGACCACUUUAAAGACUAAGACGGUAGGAAUAACAGCCGGUACAGGCGUCUUUGUAAAAUAAUAAAGAGCUACUUAUAACAAUAAAGAAAAGUCUAUUAAUAGAAUUUAACGCGAAAUAUUCAAUCGAAGUAUACCUAACAUCUGUCUGACAAUAUAUUAAGUAUAAUACAGGCGAUUCACAAUAGUGCACCUCCAAGAAUUUGCAACGCGCUGGCCAGUCACAACACGUGAAAUCUGUCAGCCCUUUCCAAACGCGCAUUAGGUCGACAGAUUUCGCGCAUCGUGAUUGGCCAACACAUUGCAAACCCUUGGAGGCGCCCUAUUGUGAAUCGCCUGUAUUUGUAGAGGUUAGAGGUUAGAUCAGUUUCCUCUUAAAAACAUACUUUUAAUUUCAAUAGCACCGACAAGCAGGGUACAUUAAACCAUAAUUUCUAAAUGAGUGACGGUAGCAAACAGAUUACAAACGAUUUUAGAAACUUUCUUGAGCGGACAAACGGCAGGGACUAAAAAUGAGAAAAGAGAACGGGAAAAAGAAAAUCAGUUGAGGAAAAGUGCCAGGGGAAAGAGACAAAAAGAGACGGGCUUUGAGCGAUAACUAGAAGAGAAAACACACUGAAGCGCACGAAGCCGCACUCAGCCUUUGUAAUCUCAGUGAGCGUUCGUAAGAUGCGUUUUCGGGGAGUGGAAAAGCGGCAUUUGAAGCUUUCACAGAUUAAAUUGAGCCCAAUUCUGAAUUUAUCUUCCCGUAUUUAGGACUACUUUGUAAAAAACAGUACAUGAUACUGUGUUAUAUGACUACCUUUUUAUUUGUAAAUAAUUUUUAGAAGUGAGAAUACAUCAGGUUUAUAAUUCUUAUAUUCAGCCUAUUUUCGCAAGGUACUUGAAUUUGCCAACUAGUUUACUGAUGUUUGCCCAAUAGCCAUUCACACGACGAUACGAACAGUGAAAAACGAUAUCUUACAGUCAGGUUCCCGGACCAGUCGAUUCAGAUGACCUUUGCCUUGUUUAAUCAAGCCAAACUCUCAAAUGUCCCGGUUAUUUCCCGCUUUGCUAAGUGCUCAGAACUGAAACUGCUUUUAUGAGUCUCGACGGAGAAGAAAUCCCGACAAUUUCCCCCACUUUUUUGCUGCACAGGCGUUUAUGAAAACCCUAGGACAAACCAGCUGCACCAGAAAAAGCCUAAUUGUGAUGGUAAGUCUUAGGAUCUCUUUUGUAAUAUCGAGACUGCUAUUGCAGGUCAAAUAAUCACCAACAACUGUCUCUAGAAGUUUCCUCAUACUUAUUUUAAGGCAAAAGAGUUUGGAUAUCUUCCUUUCUAUUACUCUGAGAGGAUAGUUUUCGCUCUUCUUUCUUUUAUAAUCACAAACCAUUAAUUGUUGUAACAGUAUACAUGUAAUCCUUACAGUCAAGCACUCGUAACAUUAACAUCUAACUGUCAGCUUAUUUCAUAAAAUGUAGUUGUAAUAUAUUUUGUAACAGGAAUAAUGUCCUAAUUUUAUUUUUUAUGUUAUAAUUAUUUUCCUUUGUAUAAUUACAGGAGACCAAAUGUAAUGUUUACCUUUCAUUUCUAUUCGAAGCUUGGAGGACCAAAUCCGUGUUAUUUGUUAAAUGUUUUUCGUUUUGUUUUGUUUUUUUGCUAUGUUGUGGAAGAAAAAUAAAAAAGUAAAUAGUACCAGCAUUCA